GGACCGCAGUCGCUGAAAUGGAGGCAGAGGUGUGGGAGGCAAGCAACUUCUCAGAAGGCUACAACCUAGCUCUGGAUUCAGACCUGUAUGAUGCAGAUGGCUAUGAUGUCCCAGACCCCGGGCUGCUCACGGAAAAUAAUGAGUGGACUUUCACGGAGCCGCCGCAGGUCCUGCCGUUUCUGACCAGCAGCCGGCGGUGGCCAAGCCUGACCCCACGCCCCCGUGCCCGCCAGCUGUGGCUGCUCUUGCGCAGCAGCCUCCACGAAGUUGUGGAAAAGGAGAAGAGAGCCGAGCUGUGCGUGGCGCGUCUGACGCACGGGCUGGAGCCACUGCGCCGCCUGGACGUGGCGGCCGGGCUGCGCUCGGUGGCGCAGGACCCUGCAGGCGGACGCUUCGUAGUGCUGGACGGCGCGGGCCGCCUGCACCUGCACAAGGAAGACGGCUGGGCACAGGAGAUGCUGCCGGCGCCCGUCGGGCUCACGGGGCUGGUGACCGUGCUGGGCCCGUUGGGCUCGGUGGGCCGUUUUGUAGGUUGGGGCCCCGCAGGGCUGGCCAUUCUGAGACCCAACUUCAGCCUGCUGUGGCUGAGCGAGCAGGGGGUGGGCAGGGCGCCGGGUCGGGCACCCUCCUGCUGUCUGCCAGUGCCUGACCUCAGGCUGCUGCUUGUGGCGGAGACCGACGGCAGCCUGGCGCUCUGGCAGUUCUGCUCAGGUGGUCGCCGCUUGGUGCUGCGAGGGGCACCACUGCAUCCGCCCCUGAGCCCAACGGCCAGGCUCAUGCGUCUGGCUGUGGGGCCGACUCCUCCCCACAACGUUCUGCGCUGCUUCGCGGCCUACGGCUCGGCUGUGCUCACUUUCGAUCUCCAUGCCUGGGCUCUUGUAGAUGUGCGCCGGGAUUUGCACAAAACCACCAUCUCGGACCUGGCUUACUGCGAGGAGGUAUUGGCAAUGGUGACAGCUUCCCGGGACAGCACCGUGAAGGUGUGGGAGGCUGACUGGCAGAUCCGGAUGGUGUUCGUGGGCCACACAGGCCCGGUGACGGCUGUGGCCGUGCUCCCGAACACGACCCUGGUGUUGUCGGCCUCGCAGGACGGAACGCUGCGCACCUGGGACCUGCAGGCGGCGGCGCAGGUGGGCGAGGUAGCGCUGGGCUACUGGGGCCAGGACAAGCUGUCUGGGCGCGUGAGCCGUCUGCUGGCCCCAGUGCGCCCUGGCUGGCCAGUGCUGUCUCUGUGCGCCAGCAGCGUGCAGCUGUGGCACAUGCGCGAGCUCUACUCGCCGUUAGCGCAACUGCCCGCCAAGGUGCUCCACUUGCAGGUGGCGCCCGCGCUGCCAGUGCCCGCGCAGCCAUCCCUGCCUACGCGCCUGGUGUGCGCGUGCACCGACGGCUCGGUCUACCUCCUGUCGGCUGCCACCGGGCGCAUAGUGAGCGCACUGCUGCUGGAGCCAGAGGACUGUGCGGCCGCUGUGGCCUAUUGCCUGCCGUGCGAGGCGCUGUGGCUGCUGACCAAGGCCGGGCACCUGGUCCGCGCCAAUGCGGCGCGCUGCCCCAUGUCUGUGCUCCACCGCUUGUGCCCGCCUCCGCCCCCUGCGCCGCAGCCUUGCUGUCUGCACCUGUACAGCCACCUCAGGGACCUCGGAGGCGCCUUCUCCUCCUGGGAGGUUGUGCGCCAGCACCUGGGGGAGUUGCGCCGCAGCGCUGUGGCCGCCGCCUGGAAGAAUAAGAACCGGUACCUGCCCGUGGUGGGGCACACGGACGGCACACUGUCGGUGCUGGAGUGGCUCUCAUCGAAGACUGUCUUCCAAACGGAGGCGCACAGCCCGGGCCCGGUCGCCGCCAUCGCAUCCACCUGGAACAGCAUCGUGUCUUCGGGUGGGGACCUGACAGUAAAGAUGUGGCGCGUAUUUCCCUACGCGGAGGAGAGCCUGAGCCUGCUGCGCACCUUCUCCUGCUGCUACCCAGCCGUGGCGCUCUGUGCGCUGGGCAGACGCGUCACCGUGGGCUUCGAGGACCCAGACAGCGCUACCUACGGCCUGGUACAGUUCGGCCUGGGAGACAGCCCGCGAUUAGACCACCGGCCCCAGGAUGACCCCACAGACCACAUCACCGGUGAGGGGGCAGCGCGGGUGAAGCGCAGCCACCGCACGGCUCCGAUUCCUGACGCUGAGCCCUGCCCCCAGGCCUGUGCUGCUGCCCGACGCUCAAGCUGUACGCCUGCUCCAGCCUGGACUGCACCGUUCGCAUCUGGACCGCUGAGAACCGCCUCCUGCGGUGGGCUGGGGCCUGGGGAGGGCUGGGCUCUCCUACCUCUGCCCCUCACCAGAGCCCAGUGGCUAGAUGGGGUGGAAAAAGGCCUUGUCCCUACUGAGCCUCAGUUGCCCACUCUGGGAAGCAGAGGCUGGACUUUGGCCCCUGGGUGCCCCUCCAGGCUCCUGCAGCUGAAUGGUGCCCCUCAGGCCCUGGCUUUCUGCAGCAACAGUGGAGACCUGGUGCUGGCACUGGGCUCCCGCCUCUGCCUGGUGUCCCAUAGGCUCUACCUGCCUACAUCCUACCUGGUUAAGAAGAUGUGCCGGAAGGCCCCAGACGUAGUGGACGACCCUCCCCUGCCACUAACGAGCCAGGAGUCACUGACCUCCACCCAGCUGCAGAGGCUCACCAACCUCCAUGGGGCAGCCAGUCUCAGUGAGGCCUUGUCUCUCAUCCAUCGUCGGAGGGCAACAUAUCAGCACCCGGUGCUGAAGGAGGACUUGGAUGCCCUAGUGGCCCGGGACCAAGACCUUCAGCAGUUGAGACGGGGGCUAGUGGUCCCAGCAGCCCGGCCCCCACCCUCCUGGCAGCAGCGCCAGGAAGCCUUUGACAAUUACCUACGUCUGAUCUACGGCUCUGGCCUGCUGGGCAUGCAGUCCACAAGGGAGUCCCAGCGGUGGAGCACCGGGACCCUCACAGUGGAGAGAGAGACCUGGGAUGUGUGUGCCCUACCUCAAGCUGCCCCCUGUCUUGGGCAGGCUGAGGUCAGCACUGCAGUCCAAACAGUGCCAACAGCCCUGUCCCCACAGGACCUGGGGGCCCUGUGCCAGCACUUCUCCCGGCCUCCCCAAGUCACAGUGCCUAUCCCACCCACCCACCAGAGGGUGCACAGCAAGGCAUCCCAGAUCCCACUGUUGCCAAAGAGACGUCCCCAGGAACCUCUCUCUCACCUCAGGGGCUUCUUUCCUGCCACCGUGCAGCCCCACAAGUACUGCCCGAGGCCCAUCUGCUUCCCUGGCUGCGUGCCCAACUCUGCGGUGCUGCAGCAGCUGUGGCUGCCCGAGGAGGUCAGCAGCCCCGGAGCCCUGACCCAGCUCGCCUCCCAGAGAAGGCUCAAGUCAGGGGCAAGCCAGGAUGACUUGUGGCUGUGGCGCCCCAGGCCGUCCCAAGCCCAGUGGCAGAGGAAGCUGCUCCAGUGGCUGGAGGAUAAGGAGGAAGAGGAGGAGGAGGAGGAGGAGGAGGAGGAGGAGGAGGAGGGGGAGGAGGAGCUGGACUGGGGCUUGGAUUCCCUGAGCCUGCACUCCAACCAACGGCUGAAUUCCUGGGAACUGGAGGAUCAGAGCGCUGUGGACUGGACCCAGGAGCCCCGGCGGCGCACCUGUGAGGCUGCCAGAACCCACCUUCAUCCCUGGCACCAUCAUGGGCAUUUGCUCUUCGAUGAGCGUUAUGGGCAUCUGCCCAAAUUUCUGCAUUUCUUCAUCUACCAGACCUGGUUCAAAAAGUUAUUCCCCAUCUUCAGCCUGCAGGUGUAUCCGGAGGCGGGCACCGUGGAGGGCCUGGCCUCGAUGUUGGUGGCCCUGCUGGAGAAGACCACGUGGGCGGACCGUGUGCACAUCCUGCAGGUGCUGCUGAGACUGCUGCCCGACAUGAGCAGCCAUCUCCACGACCGGCUGCAGGGCCUGCUCAUACACUUGCUCAACCUGGACCGGCCCCCCAGCCUCCAGGUGUGCCCCUCUAGCUGCCCCAGUCUCCCUCCCCGCCCACUCGCCCUCACCAACCACGUCCCCUGCCGGCCUCAGGACCAGACGCAGAAGAAGUUCGUGGUGCUGGCGCUGCAGCUGCUCCUGGCCUGCUCCCUGGAGUCCCGGGACGUGGUGCUGGAGCUCAUGUCCUACUUCCUCUGCUCCCCAGCGCACUGCCGGCCAGAGCUCAAGAAGCUGCUGCGUGGGCUGGGCCUUCAGGACCCGGAAGGCUUCCUGUUCAAGGAGAUGAUGACCUGGGCCCAGGACCCCAGCCUGGACUCCAAGGCCGCCCUGCGCACUCGCUGCUCCCAGAAACUGGAGGACAUGACCCAGAAGCUUCAGGAGACCCCAUCGCAGGCUUCAGUGGUCUCUGGGGCACCCAAGCAUGCUUCUGUGACACCCUUGGGCACCUCCUGGUCACCCUCAAGCAUCUCCAGGAGGCUCUCAGAGGUCUCAGAGGUGCCCUUGGUGGUGGCUUCACCUGUGGAGCUGCACUCGGUAACCCCAGAGCUCCAGGCCACUCGGACGCUGGCAUUGGUGCACAGCCGGGGGACCCGCCGCAUGCUCUCGGAGAUGCUGCAGAGCUUCUCCCUGAAGCCCAAGGCACGCGUGUGCCCUGCGGGGCCUGCUGAGCUGCCCGGAGAGCCGCUGCCACUGGAGGAGACGGACUGGUCACACUCGCAGCUGCUGGACUUGGGCGCCAUCGAUGCACUCAACUUCUUCUGCGAGCAACUGCGGGUGCAGCCGUGGAGCACCGUCUGGGAAGAGACAGCACACUCGUACCUGCCAGGGCUGGACUUGGUGGCGGCAGUGCCCGAUGCGGUGGUGCCGGUGCCGGUGCCGGACGCGGUGGUGCCGGUGCCGGUGCCCGACACGGUGGUGCCACCACCCCAGGAGCACUGGUACCGCCCGAUCCUCCGGCUGCAGGAGGCUAAGGAGCAGAGGUCUGCGAGGUCCACGAUAGGACUGAGGGGCCCGAUGCCAUCCCGGCUCUGUGCCCGCCGCACCCUGGACGGCCCCAUCCGGAUGAUAAAGCUGCCACUGCCCCGUGUGGAGCUGCAGCCCUUCCCCCCUGACUGGCCCACGCCUGCCCGCCCACUGCCCCCGAGGCUCCUGCAGCCUGCCCUGCAGCGAUACUUUCUGCCGGAAAACGCAGACCCUGACACCUACAGCUGACCGGGCUGGUGGCCUCAGCCCGCCUGGCUCUGGGGCCUGCCAUUGGUAUUUGGCCAUGACCUGCGUCUGGAAUAAAGCCCAGAGCCUUCCACGUGA